GCGAAACUAUCAUACGCGGCACAAUUCCCCAGGUGGGCUUCACUUACACAUCCUUCUCAACUCCGUUAUAACGAUCGCCCGUUCCCUCUGCCAACAACGCCCAACUCUUCUCACGUCGUUAUACUGCACACCGUAUGAGUCCAAUCCUUGGUCCCACUCUGUCUGGGCUUUCCAUUUUUAAGGUACAGUGAAGACGAAGACGAAGACGAAGACGAAGAACAACGAGAAGAAGAAGAAGAAGCGCUUUCUUAUCUAGCGUGCUGUUCGCUUCGUUGAAUCAUAUUUUCCUUUAGAAUGGAAGAUGUAACAGUGUGAUUCUUCACUUGGAGACUUGAUUUGAGCAGGAGAUUCUAGCGUCUUCUCUGCUAAGCAUUUCUUCUUGGGUUUUGUUUGUGGUGUUAAGUAGUCUGUUAUAUUUGAGUGAUCAUGGGGUCAGCUUGCUGUAUUGCUGCGAGAGAAAAAGACCUUCCUAACAGAACUGGGGGUAACACUGUGCCUAGGAAUGACAGAUGCUCUCCAACAUGGAGCUUCCGUUGGGAAAAUCGAAGGCGUGUGGCUGGUGAGAUUGAUGAUUCACCAUAUCAAACUUCUCAUGGAUUCAGCAGAGAUGUUAGUGUGGAGGUGAAGGGGCCAUUAGGCUCUGAUAGGGGUAAUCUUUCUGAUGAGGUUAGUCUGCAUGAGAGUUUUGGAACACCCGUCUCUAUAAAGUCUCCAGUACAUGAAGGAAUGGUAGCAAAUCCAAUUGCUCAACGUUCAGGCCUAUUAAUGGAAAGCAAUGACCCUGUACAUGGGAAGAACUCAGCAGAAUCUCCUGAUAUUGCAGAGCUACCUGCCUCAAAGCUUUCAUUUUCUGUACAUUCAUCAUUUUCAACACCGAAUGCUGAUCCUUUGCCCACCUGUGGUCAUCCACUUCCUCCAAACUCGACCCCCUCAAGACGGGCUCGGCAUUCACCUGGGCAUCGGCUAUUAAGGCAGAUUUCUGAUAGUCGAAUUAUGGGAUUGAAGUCGCCUAAUAAUUACUCCUUAUCUGAAGGUAGGUCAUCAUUUGUGCUCUCCACUUGUAGCCACGACUUAGCAAUGGGAUCACACGGUGGUUCUUCUGAUGGUUGGUCCAUGCGAACCUUUUCUGAGCUUGUGGCUUCUUCACAAAGGGAGAGGUGGUCUUUUGACAGUGAGCACCUGGGCUAUGGUUUGAGCAAAGUGAGUGGAUGCAGUAGCAGGUUUUCAUGUUCUCCCUCCUUAGAUCUUCAAACUUGUGGGGCUUGUUCGAAGUUCUUGACAGAGAGAUCUUCUUGGAGCAGCCAGAGAAUUCUUGCCAGCAAUGAACUCUCGGUUGUUGCUGUGCUGGUAUGUGGUCAUGUGUACCAUGCUGAGUGUUUGGAGACCAUGACACUGGAAGUUGAUAGGUAUGACCCAGCUUGCCCAAUAUGCAUGGGAGGAGAGAAGCAAGUCUCAAAGAUGACCAAAAAGGCUUUAAGAGCUGAAGCAGAAUUGAAGUCUAGAAGCCAUAAAAUUUCAAGAAGCCGAGUUAUAGAUAGUUAUCUUGACAGUGAUUCUGAUGAUUUUGACUACCAAAAAAAUGCCAUAUGGGAAGGAGCUCCAAAGAUGGAGACUAGUUCCAAUGCAGCAAGCUCCUCUGCCAAACCGUUCUUGAGACGACACUUUUCAUUUGGGUCCAAAUGGAGUAAGUCCCUGUCAGAGAAGGAUUCUGCCAGGAAAAAAGGGUUUUGGGCAAGAUAUCGCAAAUAUUGACCUCUUUAAUUAUUACAAGGGGAUAUGUUGGAGGUACAAUUAUAUAUAUGAAGUUGAAUGCAAGAGCUGCGAACAAUCCCACCCAGGCUCCGAGCAGAUUUGAGCGGCCAAAAUACUUAGCUGUCUCCAUAGAUUUCCCCUUCACUUCACGCAUUUGUUGUUAUUUGGUUGCCGAAAAUAGGAAAAAGAUCAACUUAUCCGACCAUAAUCUUAGUAAUAGGAUAGUCUACCUUGAACAGUGGAGCCCUUGUUUUUGGUCGUCAAGGGUUGGAGUUUAUUAAUUUUGACAACUUAAUGGCACUUUUAUGGGCUACCAAUCAGCUGUGAAUCAGUGAAUUCUAUCAUCUGCAAGAAAAUUUGUGACAUAGUGUGUCUCACCAGAAGACUAGUUAAUUUGGAGUAGAUGAUAAAGGUACCGAGCGUUGUAUAUGACUACUCUCACAGGAUAAAUCAUAAGUCUUAAUGGGUUCAAUUCUGAAUUCCAUUCUAUGAACUUAGCUUAUUCUCCUGUGGGAAGGAAAAUGAAAAAUGCUUCUUCUCCACUAAAUGAAAUGUGAAUGACUAUUGGUUUUAAAUUGAAA